AUGAACCUUUCUCUAGAGCUGAAGAGACUUCGUCUCACGAGAGAAAAUGCAGAAUCGGAUCUCAAGGCAGCUCAUGCUUCCGCCACUCCAUGGCACUGGACCCGACACUUUCAGGGCGACAUCGACAUGACGAUGAAAAAUAGACUUGACGUUAGGAUCCAGCAGAUGCAAAAUCUCCUCGCCGUGUCCAAAGAACUUUCAACGAGGAUCUCAGCACUACCACGAGAACUUCGUGACAUGAUCUAUGAGGAGAUCUGGGAAGUGAAAGGUGGGCUGGGGUUAGAUCAUGGCAUCAAGGCAAUGUUGCCCGAAUCUCACAGCCCGCACAGGUGGUUGCCUGGGCGUUGUUUUCAGACGGUCAGGCCAAUUUCCUUGUGUUCGUGUUCGAUGCACCUCCCCCACUUUGUGCAGAGUCGGUUCGUGGGGAAAGCCAUGGCCGAUGAGAUGCUCAGUACUUUGAGAAGGAUAAUUCGAGUGCAUGGAGCCUCGCACGAACAAUACAAAUACGACCUUGACUGGAAUACCAUGAACCGCUUCCAGACGCCGGAUAUAUUUCACCUCGGCAUCUCUUUACAUAGUCUGUUUGACAAGCUGCAUCUCCGUGUGCACUUUCACCACCUCAAUUUGAUCGAGAACGAUCAAUAUCUAGAUAUGUUAGGCAUAUCAGGCGGCUUCAAAGCUCGAUUGGCUGGAUGUGUCAGGUCACUCGAGAUGCUGUGUGACCACGGGCCGCGCCGAAUCACCUUUAUCUUCAAAGAAACGACCUGGGCGCGAAGCAGCGUUGCUGCCUCUCUAUUCCGUGGCUUGAGCGCAGUUUUCCACAAGUUAAAAGGACUUGGAUUCGAUAUGCGCGUGGAAUUCGCUGCCAAUUAUACGCAAUCAUGGAUUUUGAGCGCCAAAGAGUGGACUGCAGGACCGGAACCAGACCCCUCGACGUGGGACCUGGCUGCCUGGAAUCUGAAUUUCACACGAACAAACCUUGAGUACCUUGCACCGCGUACACCGCGUCCCAGUGGCGUAAUUUGGGUCCAUAAUCCAAAUGGCCCCAUGGGACCACGGUUUCUGGAGAAAGCAGUCGUGUGGGAGAGCAUCCGCAGGAACUUGUACCAGUUCCGUCCGGAAGUAGACCAGGCAGUUCGUCUGAGGCAUAACGAAGCGGGACAGGCUUUUGUAGAUUGCGGAUGCAAUCUCGAAGCUCAUACAUGCAGCCCGUACUACUGCUGUCAUGACCACGGUGGUUGGGACGAGGAGUAUAUCGGUGGCAAUAGGAGCUGGAAUAAGUACUGUUACAAGUGUGCGGAAGCGGGAUUAAAACCGAAGGGAUGGUUCCAGUAA